AUGCCCGACUCGGUGUCACACCAGCUUAUCUACGGCCAGAAUGUUCGAGGAGGAAAGUCCGGUGCGACAAGACUGUCCCUUGCGGACGAUGCACACGAAGACGAGCUCCAGUUCUUGGCUAGUCUGAAGCAAGGUCUACAAGAUGCGAGCGACCUCGAAGUAUUGGGACAACAGGUUCAGCGGCGUAUUGAUAACCUUGAGAGUGGCCUCACAACCACACCUGCUGGCUCAAUCAUUGCCACAACGCAAUACGACGCUGCCCCAUCACCGGGCGAAGCCAUCGCGAGUGGAAGCCCGUCACUGGGGACCCCGCCUUCAGUCACGAAUCUAUCGAAACGCACCCGUGAGUCUUCGUCAUCCGAAAACGCAGAGCCUACGACAGUACGGCGCCACGAGGGCACGCUAUCCAGUCAAAGUGCAGCUACCUUGAGGUGUCUCGAGUCUCUGGCUUGGGGCCGCUUCACUGGGCCUUGCUACCCCCACCGUCGAUGCAAUUGUAUGAGAUAUCGGACUUACGCCGAGCUUGCCUCUGUGAAUUGCGACACUCGGGACGUAUACUUGCAAUGGUCUCCAACAAAUAUAGACCCGAAGAUCUUGCUUCCGAAUAAUGAUGCUCGACGACUGGUCAAAGAUUUCCACAUGCAACACCUCUGGUGGCAUCAUAAUGGUUUCCAUUCCGACACGUUCCUGGAGCAGUGCGAGAUAUUCUGGACGUCAGGUGCUGUCGUGCAUCCUUUAUGGAUGGCGUUAUAUCUCGCUGUUACAUGCGUGGGUAGAGUGAAUCCCUUGUCCGGGGACUUAUCACUGAUGUUGCUGCAGACGUCACUCUGGUCACUGGCCAACAGCCCUCGUCAAUGCCGAGAGCUUGGUUUGACUUUCGAUGACAGCCUCAUUGAACUUCAAUUCAGGAAGCUGACCGAGAUUUUAUACGAAGAAGACUUCCUCCAAAACCCAUCAAUGUUCUCUGUUCAGGCAAUCACACUUAUAACCAGACUUGGGCAUAAUCUGGGCUUGAGCCAGGUUACCGGCAACUUGCUCGGCGCCGCUCAUGGCAUUGCCAGGUGUCUCGGUCUACACCGUAUCCAACAACUCCCGGAACCUACGUCGAUACAAUCCGACCCUGAUAUCGCCAUAGGGCAGGCUCGGUCAGACUGGCUCGAGCAGAUAGAGAUCGAAGUUGGCAAGCGUACUUGGUGGCAACUCGUGAUUCAGGACUAUUUCUCCAUCCCAUUCACAGAGACCUACGCUAUUCACCCAGCACAAUUCACUACGCCAAUACCAAGGAAUUGUAACGACGCCGAUCUCAUCGAGAAAGAUAAUACCGCAAUGACGUCAAGUGCGUAUACACGGAUCAUUGCGCAACAGGCUUUACUCAUGGCGCCUGCUCUUGAUGGCCUUGGCCCUCUCGGCUCCCGAAAGCAUUCGAAGGAAAUCUACGAACACAUAUUAAGAUGUGAUGCCAAUAUGCGCCGGAAUAUUUACAGCCUACCAACAUGUCUCUUGCGGGAGGAACACAGAGAUUCUCAUGGUCCCGUGGUCUCCCUCCCUUGGCUUCCCACCGCACGACGCACCAUGGCAAUCUCCGCUGCUGACAAAAUCAUCAACAUUCAUCGACCGCUCCUAUUCUACUCAUUCCAGAGCUCACUUUUCCCUAGGACAAGAGCCACAUGUACCGCGGCGGCGGUCACUAUACUUAGAGAGCAUGAACGCGCAGCGUCUGAAGACACAGUGGCUAUCUGGACACAGACAGCCUUUUGUAUCACAGCUGUCAUUGUUUUGGGCCUGGAGCUUCUCCACCAGUCCUCACAUACGAGUGAAACCGCAGUUGAAUAUCGACAGCUCCUUUCAAAAGCGGGCGAACGUUUGCGCAAGCGAGCAUGCGACGUCCUCGCCGCAAAGUGCGCCACGCUGAUCGAGGUUCUCCUCUCCGUCGAGGAGGAGCUUGUCAUCAAGGUUAUGCGUAUGCGUGAUGGAACGAUAGAGGAGAAGCAGCGUGAAGCUAUCGACGAACUCAUCGCAAGUCAGGAUAUCUUGGCCAAAUUCCUUGACUUGGACCCGGUCUUUGGGAUGAGACCCAUGUUCUGGGAAAGCCCAGCAGCGUCCGAGACAUGGGACCCUGCUGUUCUGUAUGACGUGGAACAGUUCGAAGAUUUUGACGUUUGGUACAAUGAGGUGUUCUCGGGCGUUGCUUAUUGA